GGGAGAGAGCCUAGCAAGUGCCUGCUGUGUCGCCGGUGUGUGUGGCACAUAGAAGUCUCGGCCCUGUAUGCGCCAUCCUGUCACCAUGGGCAUCCGUAAGAAGAACAGCAAGACCCCGCCGGUGCUGAGCCAUGAGUUCAUUAUCCAGAACCAUGCGGACAUCGUCUCCUGCCUGGCCAUGGUCUUCCUUCUUGGGCUUAUGUUCGAGAUUACAGCAAAGAUGGCUGUCAUGUUUGUCACGCUUCAGUAUAAUGUCACCAUUCCAGUAGAAGGGGUGCUUGGAGAACCCGCUUCGCUGUACCAUUAUGGCAUCAAAGAUAUGGCCACUGUAUUUUUUUACAUGCUGGUGGCAAUAAUACUACAUGCAGUUAUCCAGGAAUACAUAUUAGAUAAAAUCAACCGGCGUAUGCACUUUUCUAAGACAAAACACAGCAAGUUUAACGAGUCUGGACAGCUAAGUGCAUUUUACCUGUUCUCUUGCAUUUGGGGAGCGAGCAUUAUUGUCUCUGAGAAUUAUUUUUCUGAUCCAAUAAGCUUGUGGAAAGGGUAUCCUCACACAUACUUUCCAUUCCAGAUGAAGUUCUUCUACAUUUCCCAGCUGGCUUAUUGGUUUCAUGCUUUUCCAGAGCUCUACUUCCAGAAAACUAAAAAGGAAGACAUUCCCAGGCAGCUUGUCUACAUUGGUUUGUACCUAUUCCAUAUUAUAGGAGCUUAUGUUCUCAACCUCAAUCGCCUGGGUCUGGUAUUACUAGUUUUGCAUUACUUUGUAGAAUUCCUGUUUCACAUGUCACGUCUGUUUUACUUCAGCAAUGAGAAAUACCAGAAAGGGUUUACUUUGUGGGCUGUUCUCUUUGUCCUUGGGCGCCUCCUCACUCUUAUCCUUUCUGUUCUUACUGUUGGCUUUGGACUUGCACGGGCUGAAAAUCAGGAGUUGGAUUUGAGUAAUGGAAAUUUCAACAUUUUGGCCAUCAGAAUCAGUGUGCUGGCAUCUAUUUGCAUAACCCAGGCAUUUAUGAUGUGGAAGUUCAUUAAUUUCCAGCUGAGACGGUGGAGAGAGCAUUCCUCUCCUCAACCCUCCUCCCAAAGGAAGAAAGCAACCUCUGCUAAAGGCAAAGCUUCACGAAAGGAAAAAGAAAACGGAGUGAAUGGAACAGUGACAUCAAAUGGAGCAGAUUCUCCUCGCAGCCGUAAAGAGAAACACUCAUAAACAGAAUCCUUUUCUACCCAAUGUCCUCUGUUCCCAAAGAGUUGUUGCCUUGUGCUGUACCCAGCCCCACAGCACUAGAAUUCUUACUGUUACAACAAAUAAUGCAAUGUGUUUCUAUACAACAUAAUGCCAUGAAUCUUCAAACUGUACAGGGUUGUUCUCCCUAGCCCUCUUGGCAUAUGUUUAAUGGUACAGCUCUAACAGUUAAACACACAAACUGCAAAUAGGACAAAGAAUGUUCUUUCUCUAAAGAGACACUGGUUCAUUCUAAUGGAUGAGCAAGUAUUUACUCCAGUUUUGCACUGGUGCAAACAGAAACACCCCCUUUCCGUGCCAGAGGGCUUCAAAUGAAUGGAGGCCAAAUGUAAUAUAAAAAACCUUGCUGGGGCUGUUCAGAGAAACUGGUGCAAAUGUGGAGUACUUCUCGCCAAUGACACUGAGAUAUUGGUCAUUUCCCAAGUCCCAUUGUACAAAUUCAGCAUCCUACUCUUUUGAUAUGCCAACUGAACUGUUUAAAAGAUGUAAAUGCUGUGAUAAAUGUAUUUUCACUUUUUUUUAUAAGGCAAUUUUUUUCUUUUUUGAUUAAAACAACAAUAAAACAAAAAUUGAAUGGUGCACCUUUGCUACAAUAGUGGGUUAUUUUCUAUUUGUUACAGGUUUUAAUUUUGGCUUAGCAAGUCUAUUUUUAGACAGUUACUGCCUUCUCUUCAUUCACACGCCUUAAACAUAGGGAGAUGCAGGGCGAGACAUCUGGGCUGAGCCUUUCUGUUCUGGAGUGUUUGAUCCAUUCAAAUGAAUUCUUUCUGCCCAAACCUGAGUGCCAUAACUAGAAGAUUGGAGUGCAAGACUUCCAUUUCAUUUCUGGAGGUUUUUUUUUUUUUUACAUAUAUAUUCUGCAGCAAUUUUAAACUCGUGAAUAAAGUGGUACAACUCAAAGCUGAUGGGCCCCAGGGCUAAAUUUAGUAUACCCCUUUUUGGCAAAUUAUCACCAGUGUGAUAUUCCUAUUUUCCUAUAUUUCUUUCCACCUAUAUUCCUCAACCUGUGCAUAUCUGGUCCUGCAGCGAACCUUAACUUUGCAGAUUUUUUUAAAAUGUUGUCUUCUCUUGUUUGGAGCUGAUUUAAAGGGGAGGGUCACCUUUAAGUUAACUUUUUGUAUGUCGUAGAAUGGCCAAUUCUAAACAACUUUUCAGUUGGUCAUUAUUUAUUUUUAAUAGUUUUUUAAUUAUUUGCCUUAAUCUUCUGCCUCUUUUCAAAUUUCCAAUGGGCUUUAAUGACCCUAGCUGCCAAAAAACUAUUGCUUUGUGAGCCUGCAAUUAUUGUUAUUGCCACUUUUAAUUAUGUCCGCUCUUUAAAUACAUCAGUCUCUAAUUUAACCCCAUCAACCAGAUAACUGCUGAAAUUACAAAUUUGAGAGUUGCUGAACAAAAAGUGAAAUCAUUAAAAAAAACAUAAUAAAAAUAAAGACCAAUUGUCUCAGAAUAUUACUCUACAUUAUGCUAAAAGCAAACCCAAAAGUGAGCAACCACAAGUGAGCAAAAGGUUUUUAGAGCUCUCUCUGCUAAAUAGCGACACAAGACAGACCUUGUCAUACAACAUUUUUACUUGUGAUUACAGAUAUUGUGUUUUAUAUAUAUUUUUCAUCCAUCUAUGAUUGUGAUGUCUGGGAAUCUGUAUACAGCAUUUAUAUUUUUGGAUAAAAUAAUAUAUAUUUAUAAUCUUUACUAAUGAAGCCUUAAACACAUGUUCAAUAUGUCUGUCAUUUGCUGUACUUCUAUUGUGACCAUCAUUUGAAACAUGAAAAGUAAUCUGUUUGGUUAAUGUUGUCACAAAGUAUCUCCGUCUUUUGGGACCAGUUUGUAAAUGUUAAUUUGCUGAAACAAGUAAAGUUUUUGUUAAAUUAA